GCGCAAAGAAAUCGAAAUUCAGAAACUGACAAAAACCGCACUCUUCAAACUUGAAACUCCGAAGUUCGAACCACGUGACUUCACUCCCUCCCUUCCACGCUAUACCAAAACUUUCCUUUACACUAAUAAAUCCCAACGCCUCGAGCGUAAAUUCAAAAUCCUACACUCGUCGCACGGGAACGCUCCCCCUCCCAUGGCGGACUCCACCGGCGACGACAAUGGCGUAAUCUACCUCCACGGCGACCUCGACCUCAAAAUCAUCGAGGCUCGCCACUUGCCGAACAUGGACAUCUUCUCCGAGCGCCUCCGCCGCUGCGUGACCGCCUGCGACACUAUCAAAUUCCACUCCGACCACGCCGACGACUCCGGCAGCCAGCGCUCGCGGACUCACCGCCACCGGAGGAUCAUCACCAGCGACCCCUACGUCACCGUCUCCGUGCCGCAAGCCACGGUGGCGCGCACGCGCGUGCUCAAGAACUCGCCCAACCCUUACUGGGACGAGCGCUUCCACAUCCCGCUCGCGCAUCCCCUCGUGGAUUUGGAAUUCCGCGUCAAGGACGACGACGUUUUCGGCGCGCAGAUCAUGGGGACCGUGAAGAUUCCGGCGCGGCGGAUCGCCGCCGGGGAGAAGAUCUCCGGCUGGUUCCCGAUCCUCGGCGCCUCCGGCAAGCCGCCGAAGCCGGACACCGCGCUGCACAUCGAGAUGACGUUCACGCCGGUGACGGAGAACGAGCUCUACCGGCGCGGCAUUGCGGCGGAUCCCGAGCACGGCGGCGUGCGGCACACGUAUUUUCCGGUGAGGAAGGGGAGUUCGGUGCGGCUGUACCAGGACGCGCACUGUCCCGAUUCCGGCGAGGGGAAGUUGCCGGAGAUUGAGCUUGACGGUGGAAGGGUUUACAGGCAUGAGAAGUGUUGGGAGGAUAUUUGCUACGCUAUUUCCGAGGCUCAUCACAUGGUGUAUUUGGUGGGUUGGUCGAUUUACCACAAGGUGAGGCUUGUUAGAGAGGCUACUAGGGAAUUGCCUCGAGGUGGCGAUUUGACUCUUGGUGAGUUGCUUAAGUAUAAGUCUGAAGAAGGUGUGAGAGUGUUGUUGCUGGUUUGGGAUGACAAGACUUCGCAUGAUAAGGUUUUCUUGAAGACGACUGGAGUGAUGCAGACUCAUGAUGAGGAAACCAGGAAGUUUUUUAAGCAUUCUUCUGUAAUGUGUGUUCUGGCGCCUCGGUAUGCUAGCAGCAAGAUGAGCUUCUUGAAGCAACAGGUUGUUGGGACAGUCUUCACACACCACCAGAAAUGUGUGAUUGUGGACACACAGGCUGCUGGUAAUAAUCGAAAGAUAACUGCUUUUAUAGGAGGUCUUGAUCUAUGUGAUGGCCGGUAUGACACACCUGAGCAUCGUCUGUUUCGUGAUCUUGACACUGUAUUUUCUGGUGAUUUCCACAAUCCUACAUUUGCUGCUGGAACAAGGGUUCCUAGACAACCAUGGCAUGAUUUACACUGCAGAAUAGAUGGACCUGCUGCAUUUGAUGUUCUCAUUAAUUUUGAGCAGCGGUGGAGAAAAGCAACUAAGUGGAAAGAGUUUGCAAUCCUUUUCAAAAAAUCCUCUCAAUGGCAUGAUGAUGCUUUAAUAAGAAUAGAACGCAUCUCAUGGAUAUUAAGUCCUCGCACUUCUACAUCAAAGGAUAAUUAUACUGUUGUUCCAGAGGAUGACCCUUCAGUAAGGGUUUCUGAUGAAGAUGAUCCUGAAAACUGGCAUGUUCAGAUCUUCCGCUCCAUUGACUCAGGAUCCUUGAAAGGAUUUCCCAAACGUGUUGAUGUUGCUCUUUCUCAGAAUCUUAUCUGUGCUAAAAGUUUGGUUAUAGACAAAAGCAUUCAAACUGCAUACAUCCAAGCGAUCAGAUCUGCUCAACACUUUAUUUAUAUUGAAAACCAAUACUUCAUUGGAUCUUCCUAUGCUUGGCCAUCUUAUAAAGAUGCAGGGGCUGAUAAUCUCAUUCCAAUGGAGUUGGCACUGAAAAUUGCUAGUAAAAUCAGAGCUAAGGAGAGAUUUGCUGUCUAUAUUGUUUUACCAAUGUGGCCAGAAGGUGAUCCUAAAACUGGGGCCAUGCAAGAAAUCCUCUUUUGGCAGGGCCAGACGAUGCAAAUGAUGUAUGAUGUUGUUGCUAGAGAAUUGAAAUCAAUGCAACUUACUGAUGUGCACCCACAAGAUUACCUCAAUUUUUAUUGCCUUGGUAAUCGGGAACACUUUAAUGAAGAAAGUUCAGGCACGAAUGGUGCACAGGUCUCAGGAGCAUAUAAAUAUCGCCGAUUUAUGAUUUAUGUGCAUGCUAAGGGGAUGAUCGUUGAUGAUGAGUAUGUUAUAAUUGGAUCUGCUAAUAUAAACCAAAGAUCUAUGGCUGGUACUAAAGAUACUGAGAUAGCUAUGGGUGCAUAUCAACCCCAUUACACAUGGUCAACAAAGAAAAGACAUCCACGUGGCCAGAUUUAUGGUUACAGAAUGUCCCUUUGGGCAGAGCAUCUUGACAUGGUAGAUGAAAUUUUUGAGGAACCCGAGACAUUGGAAUGUGUGCAUAAAGUGAAUACAAUUGCAGACAAUAAUUGGAAAUUGUUUGCAUCUGAAGAUUUCUCACUUCUGCAAGGACAUCUUCUCAAGUAUCCUGUACAGGUAGAUUCCGAUGGGAAGAUUAGAUCCCUACCUGAAUGUGAGAAUUUCCCCGAUGCUGGCGGUAAGAUAUUGGGGGCUCACUCCACAACAAUUCCAGAUAUCCUAACAACUUAAACUCCUGGAUUCAUGUUGUUGUGUGAUGUCUUGCCUGCACCUUCCUGAGAAAGAGGACAGAAAAAAAAUCGGGGGUGAAGUUAUGUAGCUUUCUGUAAUUAUAAAUGAUUGUUUAGUUCAUUUGUAAAUCUUUCACACGAUAUUGAUUCAUAUUUUGAUAGGAUCGCCAGUUUAUAGAUUGUUAGUGUCCAUUACUUGUCCUUUAUUAUUGUUUUUUUAAUCUAGUCUACAUUCAUAGAUUGUUAUUCUUUUCCUUUGAAUUAUAUUCCCUUCUAUAAAGUAGCAAAAUCU